AUGAGGACUACCCUACGAGUGGCGAUUGCCAUUGCUGUGGUGUUCACCGUGUUACUGGUGAAGAGCCAUCUUGAUUCGAUUCCGCAAUGGCAGGCUCCGGGUCGGAAACAAGCUUCGACUAGGGAUUACUAUGUGCUCGAUGAAUCCGACGCUUAUAUUGAGAUGGUCUCGGCUGAUACCACGACCUCGGCUUCGCAGAACCCGACUCGGCAUAAAUGGACACCAACCGGCCGACCAACGCCUCCGGUGGUGCCGGACAAGGUCGUACCGAAACAGAUCCCUGUGCGAGUUCCUGGCGCGGAAUGGGCUGGCCAGGAUUUUCCGUUUUUGAAGAAUUGGAAUUCGAAAACGAAUCCGAAGAAAUUGACGGAUUCGCAAAAGUCCCAUGGUCAGCAACUCGGUCCGAUUCAGCAUGGGAAUGUACAGAAGCUCGCGCCUUCGUCCACUGCGCCGCCUCCGCCCAAGGUUACCCCGAAACCGGAUCGGAUAAUUGUUCUGGGGAAGAUGUCGUACGAGGAUACCGAUUGGUUAGAGGACCAGUUGCCAGAAUGGCAGCAUGCGGUCUAUAUCGUCGAUGACCCGGAAGCGACUCGCACAGUCGAACAGAACAAAGGCAAAGAAAGCAACGUCUAUCUCCAAUACAUCCUCGACAAUUAUGACAAUAUGCCCGAGUAUAUGGUCUUCCUGCACGCCCAUCAAUAUAGCACCCACACCGAAUUCUGGGAACAAGACAACACCUUGACCGUCCAGAGGCUGCAACUCGACUACCUCAAACAAGCCGGAUAUCUCAACCUUCGCUGUGACUGGGGUCCAGGAUGUCCCGAUGAAGUCCAACCAUUCCGACAAAUGGCUGGCCGCACCACCGAGUUGGCGUUCGCGGGUGCUUGGAUUCGCAUUUUCAAUAGUACCGAUGUCCCUGAGAUUGUCGCUACGCCUUGCUGUGCUCAAUUUGCUGUCACGAGACAGCAGGUUCUCCAGCGGCCCCGCAGCGACUAUGAGCAUUAUCACCGCUGGCUUAUGACAACUGAGUUGGAUGAUGAGACUAGUGGUCGUGUCUUUGAGUACUUGUGGCACAUUAUCUUCGGGCAGGAUCCCGUGUUUUGUCCUGCAAAGGCACAGUGCUACCAAGAUGUCUAUAACAUGAAGUACGAGGAGCCGGACCCGCUUGCGGAUCCUUUUGAUGAUCUUUGGGGCAACUGGGAAGAUGAAUUUCCCAUGGAUCAAUAA